ACCAGACGUGCCCCGCGUGAGGGGGGAGGGGCUCUUCCCGUGCAAAGGAAGGCGGGGGAAGGGGUGAUCCCGGGUCCCAUGUUCCGCAGCCGCCCUCUCCAUGAAGUUGGGAAGCAGAGCUCCAGAGCAGCAGCAGUACCAGAAGAACCAGGGAUCCCAGGAAGGCGGCGGGGAUCCAGGAGUCCCUUCUCGCCCCGUGUCCGGGGAAGCCGAGUGGAGGGAGGGUCGGGUCGGCCUGGCGGAGGCCCAGCAGGAGAGGAGAGAGGCCGGGCGAGCAGAUACAGAAACUGGAAGCCAUUUGAUCCUCUUGGCGUGUAAAAUGAUCUCUUGGGGGGGAAAAGAGCUGAUGCGACCAUUCCAGUGGCUAUAUAGGAUCGGUCCUAUGAAUGAAAAGGCAUUUGGAGAUCCGCAACAAUCUUUGGACCGAUUUGGAGUUAUGUCAGAGGACACAGACAGAAUGGAGACGCAACUUUUAGCAAGUGAAAGAACUGGAAAAAGCUCUUCUGCUGUUCAGUCUGGGAGCUGUGGGGAGGCGUGGGCAAAAAGUGGGCAGAAGAUCCUAGAGGAGGAAACCAUUAUGCAUUCAGAGGUUCAGUCCUGGAACUUGAGGAGCCUCCAAUACCAGGAGGCUGAGGGUCCCCGAGGACUUUGCAGCCGACUCCACGAUUUUUGUAGGCGAUGGCUGAGACCAGAAAUGCACACCAAAGCUCAGAUGCUGGACCUGGUUGUUCUGGAGCAGCUCCUGGCCCUUCUGCCCUUGCAGAUGGAGAGUUGGGUACGGGAGUGUGGAGCCGAGACCAGUUCCCAGGCGGUGGCCCUGGCGGAAGGUCUCCUCCUGAGCCAGGCAAGGGAGCAGAAGGAGCAGGUCAAGUUGCAGUCCUUCAAUAUGGAGAUCAGAGAUCCCGAGGGAAGGAGGAAUCCAUCAAAUCCCUUUCGGGAGCUGUUUUUCAGGAGGAUCUUUCAGGAAGAUCCAAGUCAGGACACCUCUGAAGUGAAACGUAGAAUAAUGUCUGGACUGUAUGGUAGUGCUGAAACAGUGGAUGAAACAGCUGAAACUCAAAAGGGUCCUGUGUCCUUCGAGGAGGUGGCUGUGUAUUUCUCCAAGGAUGAGUGGUCUCAGCUGGAUGCUCACCAAAAAACAUUGCAUUGGGAAGUCAUGCUGGAAAAUUAUAGGAACAUGGCCUCUCUGGGUAAUAAUGGGCAGGAAAAUGAGGAUUCUGGGGAACCAUUCCUAAUGAACACUUCUGGAGACAACACAAAGAAGCCUGUAAUGCAGACAGAACUAGAAAGCCAUGAGAGAAGCCAGUCAAUUAAUUGGAACAAGGAAAGUUCAUCUUCCAUUGAUGCUCCAAUGCAAGACCUUCUUGCUGAAUAUGGGAAAAUAAAGAAAAACGACUUUGGGGAAAGUGUAAGACUAUUCAGUGAUAAAUUAGAUGUAAAUGAACAUUAUCCAAUCGAAACAAAAGAUGAGUAUAUAUGUAGAGACAAUGGAAAAAGUUACAAUUGGACUUUCACUCUUUCUCAUGGAACUGGAUCUCUUACCUCACAUAAACUGACCCAUACAACAAAGAAGCCAUAUAAAUGCAUGGAGUGUGGAAGCAGCUUCAGUCGAAAGAGUUACUUUACUUCCCAUAAAAGGAUCCACACAGGGGAGAAGCCAUAUAAAUGUGUGGAGUGUGGAAAGACCUUUAUUCAGAGCAGUCAUCUUACUUCCCAUAAAAGGAUCCACACAGGGGAGAAGCCAUAUAAAUGCAUGGAGUGUGGAAAGUGCUUUACAAAUAGCAGCCACCUUACUUCCCAUAAAAAGAUCCACAUAGGGGAGAAGCCAUAUAAAUGCUUGGAGUGUGGAAAGGGGUUCGGUGACAAUUCAUCCCUUAUAAGACAUAAAAGGAUCCACACAGGGGAAAAGCCGUAUAAAUGUGUGGAGUGUGGAAAAGUCUUCAGUCAAAAUAGCUCUUUCACUUUCCAUAAAAUGAUCCAUGCUGGGAAAAGACCAUAUAAAUGCACAGAGUGUGGAAAGACCUUUAUUCAGAGCAGUAAUCUUACUUGUCAUAAAAGGAUUCACACAGGGGAGAAGCCAUAUAAAUGUAGAGUGUGUGGAAGGGCUUUUACUAACAGCAGCGAUCUUAUUUCCCAUAACUGGAUCCAUUCAGAGGAGAAGCCAUACAAAUGCGUGGAGUGUGGAAAGACCUUCAUUCAGAGCAGUCAUUUUAAUUCCCACAAAAGGAUCCAUGCAGGAGAGAAGCCAUAUAAAUGCAUGGAGUGUGGAAAGGGCUUCAGCUACCACAGUACUCUUACUUCUCAUAAAAGGACCCACACUGGAGAGAAACCUUAUAAAUGUAUGGAGUGUGGAAAGAGCUUCUGUGAAAGCGGGUCUCUUACUGUUCAUAAAAGGAUCCACACAGGAGAGAAGCCGUAUAAAUGUAUGGAGUGUGGAAAGAGCUUCUGUGAAAGUGGGUCUCUUACUGUUCAUAAAAGAAUCCACACAGGGGAAAAGCCAUAUGAAUGUGUAGACUGUGGAAGGGGGUUCUGUCAAAAGGCUUCGCUUAUGAGACAUACAAGGAUUCACACAGGAGAGAGACCAUAUGUAUGCCUGGAGUGUGGAAAGAGCUUUACUAAUAGCAGUCAUCUUAAUUCCCAUAAAAGGACUCACACAGGAGAGAAGCCAUAUAAAUGCCUGGAGUGUGGAAAGGGCUUUACUAAUAGCAGUCAUCUUAAUUCCCAUAAAAGAACUCACACAGGGGAAAAGCCAUAUAAAUGCCUGGAGUGUGGAAAGGGCUUUACUCAGAGGGGUAAUCUUAAUUCCCAUAAAAGGAUUCACACAGGAGAGAAGCCAUACAAAUAUGCGGAGCUUGGAAACAGCUUCAGGAUGAGCAAUGACCUAAUUUCUCAUACACAGAUCCAUUUGGAGAAGCCAUAUAAAUGUUUUGAAUGUGGAAAAUGUUUUAGAAGAAGCACUCAGCUUACUCGCCAUAACAGGGUCCACACGGGGGAAAAGCCAUAUAUAUGCAAAGAGUGUGGAAAGACUUUUAUUUACAGCAAUCACCUUACUUUCCAUAAAAAGAUCCACACAGGAGAGAGACCUUAUAAAUGUGAAGAGUGUGGAAAGGACUUUACUUGUAGAAGUCAACUUACUUACCACAACAGGACCCACAUGGGGGAGAAGCCAUAUAAAUGCACGGAAUGUGGAAGGACCUUUUCUCAGAGAAGGUCUCUCACUUCCCAUAAAAGGAUGCACACAGGGGAGAAGCCGUGUAAAUGCAUGGAUUGUGGAAAGAGCUUCACGGACAACUCAGCCCUUAGGAAACACAGAAAGACCCACACAGUGAUGAAGCCAUAUAAAUGCAUGGAGUGUGGAAAGAGCUUUCAUGAAAAUCGAUCCCUUACUAAACAUAAAAGGAUCCACAUGGGGGAGAAACCAUAUAAAUGCAGAGAGUGCGGAAAAGCCUUUACUCAUAGCAGUCUAGUUAGCUCCCAUUACUGGAUCCAUAGAGGAGGGAAGCCAUAUAAAUGUGUGGAAUGUGGAAAGGAUUUUACAAAUCCCAGUUUUCUAAAUUCACAUAAAAGAGUUCACACAAGGGAAAAGCCAUAUAAAUGUUGUGGAAAGGCAUUCAGUCAACACAGAAAUCUUACUAUCCAUAAAAGGAUCCACACAAGGGAAAAGCUAUAUAAAUGCAUGGAGUGUGGAAAGAGUUUUACUCAUAGCAGCCAACUGAUUUCCCAUAAUAGGAUCCAUACAGGGGAGAAACCAUACGAAUGCAUGGAGUGUGGAAAGCGCUUCUGUGAAAAUGCAUCCCUUAUGAGACAUAAAAGGAUUCAUACAGGGGAGAAGCCAUACAAAUGUCUGGAAUGUGGGAAGGGCUUUGCUAAUAACAGUCAACUUACUUCCCAUAAAAGGAUUCAUACAGGAGAGAAACCACAUAAAUGCAAGGAAUGUGGAAAGAGCUUUAGACAUACUGUUUCUCUUACUUACCAUAACAGGAUCCAUACAGGGGAGAAACCAUAUAAAUGCAUGGAAUGUGGAAAGGGUUUUGCUAAUAGCAGUCAUCUUACUUCUCAUAAAAGGGUCCACACAGGGAAGAAACGAUGUAAGUGUAUGGACUGUGGAAAUAGUUUCAGUGAUAGCUGUUCCCUUACAUCUCAUAAAAGGAUCCAUACAGGAGAGAAGCUAUAUAAAUGCCUGGAGUGUGGAAAGACCUUUACUCAUAGCAGUCAGCUUAUUUCCCAUAAAAGGACCCACACGGGAGAGAGGCCAUAUAAGUGCAAAGAAUGUGGGAAGUGCUUUUGUGAAAAUGCAUCCCUUAUGAAACAUGAAAGGAUCCACGCAGGAGAGAAGCCAUAUAAAUGCAUGGAGUGUGGAAAAUCUUUUAUUCAAAGCAGUCAUCUAACGUCCCAUAGAAGGAUUCAUACAGGGGAGAAGCCAUACAAAUGCAGAGAGUGUGGAAAGUGCUACAGCCACAGUGUUUCCCUUACUUACCACAACAGGAUCCAUGCAGGGGAGAAACCUUAUAAAUGUUUGGACUGUGGAAAGACUUUUACUCAAAGUAGCCAACUUACUUCCCAUAAAAGGAUCCACACGGGAGAAAAGCCGUAUCAAUGCAUGGAAUGUGGAAAGGGCUUGUAUGACAAUGUAUCUCUUAGGAGACAUAAAAGGAUCCACACAGGGGAGAAGCCAUAUAAAUGUAGAGAGUGUGGGAAGGGCUUCACCCAACAGGGUAACCUUAGUUCCCAUGAAAGGAUGCACAGAGGGGAGAAACCAUAUAAAUGCAGAGAGUGUGGAAAGAGCUUCAGUCAUAGUGGUUCCCUUACUUAUCAUAACAGGAUCCAUACAGGGGAGAAACCAUAUAAAUGCUUGGUGUGUGGAAUGGGUUUUACUGUUAGCAGCCACCUUACUUCUCAUAAAAGGAUCCACACAGGGGAGAAACCAUAUAACUGCAGACAAUGUGGAAAGAGCUUCAGUGAAAAUGCAUCCCUUACGAGACAUAAAAGGAUUCACACGGGGGAGAAGCCAUACAACUGUGUGGAGUGUGGAAAGAGCUUCAGUCAUAGUGGUUCUCUUAUUUCACAUAAAAGAAUCCACACGGGGGAGAAGCCUUAUAAAUGUAUGGAAUGUGGAAAGAACUUUACCACAAGUAGUGAUCUUACUUCCCACAAAAGGAUCCACACAGGAGAGAAGCCAUAUAAAUGUGUGGAGUGUGGAAAUAAUUUUACUAAUAGCGGUCAUCUUACUUCCCAUAGAAGGAUCCACACAGGUGAGAAACCAUAUACAUGUGAAGAGUGUGGGAAGAUCUUCAGCCAAUACAGAAAUCUUACCACCCAUAAAAGGAUCCAUACAGGGGAGAAACCAUAUAAAUGCAUGGAAUGUGGAAAGGGAUUCAGCCAACACAAUAAUCUGACUUCCCAUAAAAGGAUCCACACAGGAGAGAAGCCGUAUAAAUGCAUGGAGUGUGGAAAAGGUUUCAGCCAGCACAGUAAUCUGACUUGCCAUAAAAGGAUCCACACAGGAGAGAAGCCAUAUAAAUGUAUACAGUGUGGAAAGAACUUUAGAAUGAGCAGCUCUCUUACUUCCCAUAAAAGGAUGCAUGCAGGACAGAAGCCAUUUCAGUGUAGGGAAUGUGGGAAGAGCUUUAAUAAGAGUCAUUGUCUUAUUUCCCAUGAAACUAGCCACACAGGGGAGAAACCAUAUAAAUGCAUGGAAUGUGGAAAGAGCUUCAGUCAACACAGAAAUCUUAAUUCCCAUAAACGGAUCCACACAGGGGAAAAGCCACAUGAAUGCAAAGAGUGUGGAAAGAGCUUCAGUCAUAGUAAUUCCCUUACUUUCCAUAAAAGGAUCCAUUCGGGGGAGAAACCAUAUAAAUGCAUGAAGUGUGGAAAGAUCUUCAUUCAGAGCAGCCAACUUACUUCCCAUAAAAGGAUCCAUACAGGUGAAAAGCCAUAUAAGUGUGUGGAGUGCGGAAAGAGCUUCAGUCAUAGUGGUUCCCUUGCUUUCCAUAAAAGGAUCCACACAGGAGAGAAACCAUAUAAAUGUAAAGAUUGUGGGAAAAGUUUCAGAACAAGCAGUUCCCUUACUCCCCAUAAAAGGAUUCAUACAGAAGAGAAACCACAUAAGUGUAUGGAGUGUGGAAACAGCUUCACUAAUAGCACUGAACUUAUUUCCCAUGAAAGGAUCCACACAGCAGAGAAGCCAUGUCAAUGCACUAAGUGUGGAAAGACCUUUAUUCAGAGCAGUUAUCUAACAUCUCAUAAAAAGAUCUGUUACCUGGAAUUUUAGACUUCAUGAUGACCAUUUUAAAAAUAUGUUAUUAGCAUUUGGGUUAAUAUCACUGGACAAAAAAGAUUUUGCUUCCUGAAUAUCUUUGGGUAUAUCUUAAAAAGAUUUUUGAUCAUGAAAGUAACCUUUAAUUUAACCUGUCAUGUGCCAUUUUAUAGAAAUUUGUUUUUACACAAUGAGGGAUUCUUCGUGGUCUCUGAGCUUGGUUUUUUUUCUUGCAGACGUUUCACUGCCCACUAAAUAAUAUCAUUAGUGCUAGCACCAAAAACCCCUCAUUUCAAUCCUGAGCUACAAAUAUUCUUUAUUGGUUUUAUACUGUGGGAAGAAUCCAGGGAAAUAAAUAUUUUGGGAAAUACUAAAAAGGCAGAAUAUAUUUUCCCCAAGGCAGAAUAUAUGUCCCCCAAAGUAUUUUAAAGGCAGACCCCCCCCCCAAGUCUCUCUGCCCCAGACAGAAACCAGGUCUGCAGAAAUGCAGAUGUGAUAAUCUUGUCAGCAAAAUUGGAGUCAGAAAACUGGGAUUAGAAAGAAAGAUCCUUAGAAUCAACAAACUCUCACACUAAAAAAACCAACAGUCAUCAGCCACAGCCCCAGGGAAGCAGGAUGUGACCUUUGGGACAUAAUAGGAUUAACCUACCACCAUCAGAAUACUAGAAAGGCACACUCAGGUUCAGGUCAAAGUUCAUGUCACAGGAACAACUCCAAACAAUAAGGUAUAAAAACCCACUCUAUACUACAUGUCAGUUUUUUCCAGAACCAUCUUUCUGUCUGGCUCUCCUCUUCAAUAAACUACAAUCUUCUUUCUAAA